AUGACUAGUUGCGGUGUUCUUCGCAAUGCUGUUGUAGCUAGAAAAACCGAGAAAACGAGGAGCUUUAGCCAUGGGCCUCCACUAUCCAAACCAAUGAUUGAAGAUAGAGUAAUGCUUGUUCUUCAAUUAUAUGAUAAAAUUGAUCCGAACAAGCUUACCCUCAAAUCCGACCUUGUAAAAGACUUCGGCCUGGAUAGUCUUGAUAUGGUCGAAGAGGAAUUUACCUUUGAUAUCCCUAGUGCUGAUGCGCAGCGUUUGCGGACCCCAUUCGAUAUCAUCCAGUACAUUUGCGACAAGCACGAUAUUUAUGAAUAA